GCAAGAGACAGGAUAGGGUCUGUUACCUCACUGCUAAUUUCCCUAGCAAAUAAACCAGCAGCUGCUGGUCCAUGAACCAAGUUGCCACCGGGAACAGGGCACUGUAUGCAUGGGACAGGAUGCUUUCAUGGAGUCCUUCAGCAACACGGUUGGGGGCUUUCAGUGCAAAAUAUACCUCCUUCUCUUAGCAGGUGCUUGCUCAGGACUAAAAGUGACCGUGCCUUCACACACUGUUCAUGGCAUCAGGGGUCAGGCCCUCUACCUCCCCGUGCACUAUGGAUUCCACACACCAGCAUCGGACAUCCAGAUCAUAUGGCUGUUUGAGAGACUCCACACGAUGCCCAAAUACUUACUGGGCUCUGUGAACAAGUCUGUGGUUCCCGACUUGGAAUACCAACACAAGUUCACCAUGAUGCCGCCCAACGCGUCUCUGCUCAUCAACCCAUUGCAGUUCACUGAUGAGGGCAAUUACAUCGUGAAGGUCAACAUUCAGGGAAAUGGAACUCUCUCAGCUAGUCAGAAGAUCCAAGUGACCGUUGAUGAUCCUGUAACAAAACCAGUGGUGCAGACCCAGCCUUCCUCUGGAGCUGUGGAAUAUGUGGGGAACUUGACCCUGACAUGCCUCGUGGAGGGGGGCACCCGGCUGGUUUACCAGUGGCUAAAAAAUGAAAGGCCUGUCCACACCAGCUCCACCACCUCCUUUUCUCUGCAAAACAGUACCCUUCAUAUUGCUCCAGUGACCAAAGAAGAUAUUGGGAAUUACAGUUGCCUGGUGAAGAAUCCCGUCAGUGAAGUGGAAAGUGACAUCAUUAUGCCUACCAUAUACUAUGGACCUUAUGGACUUCGAGUUAAUUCUGACAAAGGGCUAAAAGUAGGGGAAGUGUUCACUGUUGACAUUGGAGAGGCCAUCUUAUUUUAUUGUUCUGCUGAUUCUUAUCCCCCCAAUACCUAUUCCUGGAUCCGGAGGACUGACAAUACAACAUAUGUCAUUAAGCACGGGCCUCGCUUGGAAGUUGCAUCUGAGAAGGUAGCCCAGAAGACAACUGACUAUAUGUGCUGUGCUUACAACAAUGUAACUGGACGGCGAGAUGAAGCUCAUUUCACAGUCAUCAUCACUUCUGUAGGACUGGAGAAGCUUGCACAAAAAGGGAGAUCAUUGUCUCCCUUAGCAAGUAUAACUGGAAUAUCACUCUUUUUGAUUAUAUCCAUGUGUCUUCUCUUCCUGUGGAAAAAAUAUCAACCCUACAAAGUUAUAAAGCAGAAGCUAGAAGGCAGGCCAGAAACAGAAUACAGGAAAGCUCAAACAUUUUCAGGCCAUGAAGAUGCUCUGGAUGACUUCGGAAUAUAUGAAUUUGUUGCUUUUCCAGAUGCUUCUGGUGUUCCCAGGAUGCCAAGUAGGUCUGUUUCAGCCUCUGAUGGUGUAUCAGGACAAGAUUUGCACAGUACAAUUUAUGAAGUCAUUCAGCACAUCCCUGCCCAACAGCAGGACUGUCCAGAGUCAUGAUCUCAGGGUCCCGGGAAGGAGCCUCAGGUAGGGCUUCCUGCUCAGCACCUCGGAGUCUGCUUGUCCUUCUCCCUCCCCUUUUGCCUCUCUCUCCCUUAGGCUAUUCUCUCUCAAAUAAAAAAAUAAAUAAAAUCUUAAAAGAAUUAUAUUAUCAAUCUAGUAGAACACAAUGGCGAAAUAUUAUUCCAUGACAGUUAAAAAAAAAAAAGAAAAUACCUCUCUAAAAUAAUACCUGACUCUCUUUACGUCUGGAGCAGAAAAUGAAGGGAUUUGUUUUUGUUGUUGUUGUUAAAUGUAAGGAAUAGGAAGAAUUUUAAGAGUAUGUCUGCUUCCCAACUUUAAGAUUAUACCCAAUUAAGAAUAUUAUCCUAUUUAAGCUCAUGUGUUUUUCUAUAUGUCAUUUAUUCUGCAUUAUCUGUUUCUUUUUUUUUAAUUUAGACUGUAAACAAGCCAAAUGAAAACUUGGUUUGUCUUUUAAAGCUCCCAGUAAUAAAGGAAAUGCUGAUUUAUUUACAAAGCUAUAGAAUAUGGCAGCUGUAAUUUCAGAACACAAAAUAAAGUGAUCAGGUUGGUUUCACAUGUAAAAAAAAAAAAAAGUGAUUUUCUAAGUUAAAAUAGAAAAUCACCCUCUGAAACUAGACUGCUUUCAGACAUGAGCAGUAUCUUUAGAGUUUCUUGGGAAUAUAAAACUUUAUUUUAGAAAUAAACUUGGAAGGUUGAAAAUAAGGCAGAAAUGUUCUUUUUCAAGCAUAUAAAGGGCUAUUCAAAACUGUUCUUGAGGACACGCUCCCUCGAGGGGCAGCAACCUGAGAACCCCAGUUCACACUACCCGUCCUCUCGCUCCAUUGCCUAGGCUCGCCUCCUUCCCUGUCCUCCUCAUCUUUCCUUGCUUCCCUUUUGUGUGUUUGUCUUCUAAGGACUCUGUCUUUACCUCCAUUCUUCAAUAUCUGCCCUCUCUGAACUUCCCUUCUUUUUCCUUCUCUCUCUGGAAGACUGUUCCCUUCUCUCUAAAAUCUCUUAAAAUUUUCCUUUUUACACUUACUUUAUUUACAGUCAAUCUACAAACAUUUCCAGAACAUUAUCUGCUAGGGAUAGAGGUUAAAUAAGGCUGUCUUUUAAGGAUUCCAUAGUUUAGCGAGCUCUUGUUUGCUUGUAAUUAAGACUAGCGGUACUUGGUAGAAUAAAUAUUCCUCAAUAAUUAAAUAUUCCCUAAACAUGUAGAGGCCAUUUUUUCUCUCUUGAUUGCCUAUGGCUUUAUUCUUUAUGUCCAGUUAAACUCAAAGGUCAAUUGUAUGACUAAUGCAGUAUUAUAGGUGGCUAGUGAAUUUCUCUCCUCCUCACUUCCCAUAGUGAAUGUACAAGCUGUAGAUAAAGAAUAAUAACUUUCUGCUUUGUUGUACCUCUGUUUGACAGUUGCUUCUGAAAUAGAAAAGACAGCCAACAAAAUUCUUUUCUUUGGCUCUUAGACUAUUCUAACAGUGUUGCUUUCAUUAGUGCAUGUGUCUGUUACCUAAUUGGACUGGUGUUUAACAAAUUGGUAAGUUGACCUGUUUUCACGUUUUAAUACUCAGGCUACUUAUUUGGAUAUUGAACUUGUAGCUACAUUUAUUUAAAUGCUAUCUGUUGACCUCACUAAAUGCUCCUGGCAGUUUGUUUUGAAUCCUUGACUGGCAAUUAGUAUCUUUAAAUUCAGGAUAUUUGAGUAAACCUUUACUUUCAAAAGGAAAUUAUCUGCAGAAUUUAGUGAUUGCUUAUUCCUUACACUUAUUGGUUUAUAAAUGUAAUUUUCUUAAACUAGUUCAAAAAAUUUCUAUUAU